CUUUCACCGCCACAGACGUUUCGUAGAGCGCGCAGAAGAAGAAGCGACGCAUCCGUAAUCUCGUCGCUGCAUCAUUCCCGCGAUCUCGAAAUCUCGGUUUUAUCGCGAGAUCAAAAGUGUCGCAACGACGCGCGUAAAUUUCGCGAACACAUUCGUGAUUUCAAUCACUUUGACAUCCGUGAUUUCCCGAUUUUCCGUUAACGCGAUUUUUCAAAAGAAGUUGCCAUCUAAAGUUCAAACACAUAUUUGAUUCUUCAACUUUACAGAGUGCAACGGUAUUCGUGAAAAAAUGUUUCUACAUCUAUAAAAAAUAUUUGUGUUUGAUAUAACAAUUUGAAGAGCAAUGGAUGCAGAAACGCGGCGAACCUUCGACUUGGUCGAUUCAAUCGUGUUUAUCGGAUUGCUGGGCAUUUCUGCCCUCGUGGGUGUCUAUCAGUGUUAUGCGUCGAGGAAGAAGACAGACGCGGUUGGAGAAUAUCUUGUGGGUGGUCAAAAAAUGUCUAUAUUUCCGAUCAGCAUGUCACUGAUAGCAAGCUACGUGUCGGGCAUAGCAAUGUUGGGAUUACCGGCCGAAAUGUACGUUUACGGUACGCAAUUAUGGUGCAUCGUGAUUGCGGACACUUUUGUAUCCGUAACAAUGGCAGUCAUAUAUCUACCGGUUUUCUACGGGCUCAGAAUUACAUCGUCUUACGAGUAUCUAGAAUUGAGGUUCAAUCGAGUGGUCAGACUUAUGGGAUCCUUUAUUUUUAUCAUCAAGAUGCUGCUUUACAUACCGCUGGUGAUAUAUGUGCCGGCGCUAGCCUUCAAUCAGGCGACUGGAAUGGAUCUCUAUACCAUCGCCUUACUAGUCUGCGCCGUGUGCAUCUUUUACACGACGUUGGGAGGCUUGAAGGCGGUUGUCUGGACGGAUACUAUCCAAACAGUGAUGAUGUUCGGUGCAGUAAUUGCUGUUGCUAUACUCGGAACUGCGAGAGUUGGCGGGAUAACGGAGGUGUGGAGACGAAACGUCGAUAGCGGAAGGAUCGAAUUCUUUAACAUGGAUCCAGAUCCUACGGUAAGACAUACUUUCUGGACCGUGGUGGUUGGUAAUUAUUUAAAUUGGUUGGCCACGUGUUCGGUGAACCAAGCAAUGGUACAAAGAUGCUUAGCAAUGCCAAACUUGAAGAAGUCAAACGUAGCGAUUAUGAUAAUGGCUGUGGGCAUAAUCAGUAUCGUAUCAUUGUGUUGCUAUACCGGAAUUGUUAUUUAUGCGGCCUUCUAUGACUGUGAUCCAGUUACAACAAAGCAAAUACGAAAGCCUGAUCAGCUUUUACCAUACUUUGUGAUGGAGUUAUCACACGCAAUACCGGGUUUGCCAGGACUAUUCGUAUCUGGCGUGUUCAGCGCAGCAUUGAGUACAAUGUCGACCGGAUUGAAUUCAAUGUCGGGCGUGAUCUAUGAAGAUAUGAUCAAACCAUGUCUCCGUAGGCCCAUCUCCAACAUCGGCGCAAGCCGUAUAAUGAAAGUUACUGUUGUAAUAAUAGGUAUCAUUUGUGUAGGCCUCGUCUUCAUGGUGGAGAAACUGAGUGGUUUGAUUCAGGCUGGUAAAAGCUUAUCGGGAAUAACCGCCGGACCUUUGCUGGGAAUAUUUACGCUAGGCAUGUUGUUUCCAAUGGCUAAUUCUAUGGGAGCACUUGCCGGCGCGUUGAUUAGUCUGAACUUGGUCGCUUGGAUCUCGUUUGGCACUCAGGCAGCGAUUUCCAACGGUUCGAUCUACUUCCCGGUGAAACCGGUAUCGGUAGAAGGUUGCUCCGAAUCGCUGAAGAACACUGCCGGAAACCUCACGACAAUCAUUGAGACCGCUGUCAAAGAGCAACCUUUUUUCUUAUACAGAAUGUCGUAUUUGUGGUACACGUGGGUGGGUUUUUUAACUACUAUUUUGAUAGGUCUGCUAGUUUCCUGGUUUACAGGCCCAUCUAAGUAUAGUCGCGCAGACAAGAGACUAUUUACACCUGUAAUACACGGUUUUUUGUGCUCAAGAGAUUCUCAGAAAGCGGUACGCACAUUUCACAUUUCUCAAACUUUGGAAAAAUCUUAUUAUGAAAAAUAUGCGAUCUUCAUUUUGUCGAUUGUUUUUUCAGAGUAAAGCUGAAGUUGCAAAAACAAAUAACUUGAACAAUACGAUGCAGACUUCCAAGUGCUAGCAGUAGUCUUUUUUUAUCACUUAUAGUUAGCGUAAAAAUAUGUACUCGUAUAUCUGAUUAAGAACAUUUAUAUUAUGACGUAAUAAUAUUUCUUAUUACGUAAUUUAUAUUAUGACUUAAUGGUUGAUCGUUACAGCGCAUUAUCAUCAAACGAUCACAAUAUAAGCUAAGAUUGUUAGACAUUUUUUUUAUUAUACGCGCGAACGCAAACUAUAAUCUAAGUCUGCGGCACACGAUGCCUUCAUGAUAGAUUGCACGCAAGCACCACAAUCCGACAAUUCUUUCAUUUCCAAAUCGCGACUGGUAGAUGUUCAUUCUGAUGCUCUCAAUACAAUCUAGCACGAAAAAAGGCUUCAUAUGUCGCUUUUUUAAUAUUUAUAUAUCACUAUACAAUCUAAAUAUAAUGACACAAAUCUAGGUUUAAUGAAAAAAUUUAUCGACACAGUUUAGUGAUAUAUAUUGCAUAUUAUCUAUUACUUAAAGUUAAUUAGACCGAUAAUAAUAUACAAAGUAAAUAAAUGGUAUUAGUCCAAUUA